CUGUAUUUGUUGGCAACGCUGCAUCACUGCCUCGUGUUACGAACUACACGAAUUUUGUAAUUAACCUCUAAAAAUCUGUUAACAAUGUUUACAAUGUGUGACUAACUUAUUCUAAUAGUUCUAUGAACCAAGGUAUAAUUGUUCGAAAAUGAUCAACAUGAACAGAAAUUCUCCGAACAUUUUAGUAGUAGGUACACCUGGAGUAGGAAAAAGUUUAAUGUCUGGCCUUUUAUCUGAAAAAACAGGAUUAGAAUGGAUUGAUGUUAGUAAGUUUGCUAUUGAAAACAAAUGUUUAGAAGAAUAUGAUGAAGUAUAUCAGUGUCCUAUUUUAGAUGAAGACAAGUUACUAGAUCAGAUGGAAAAUCUUAUGUGUGAAGGUGGAAAAAUUGUUGAUUAUCAUGGAGCUGACUUUUUCCCAGAGAGAUGGUUUGACAUUGUUUUUGUAUUAAGGACUAAUAAUACAAUUUUAUAUGAUCGUUUAAAAGAACGAGGCUAUACAGGAAAAAAAUUAGAAGAUAACAUAGACUGUGAAAUAUUUCAAACUAUUUUGGAAGAGGCAAAGUCAGCAUACAAAGAAGAAAUUGUUCAUGAACUGACAAGUAAUAAUAUUAAUGAAGUUAUGGAAAAUGUAAAUAGAAUAUGCCAAUGGAUUGAACAAUGGAAAAUAGAUAAUCAACAGGAAUAAGACAAUUUUGUCAGCCUUGUUAUUAUUUUAUACUGCUGUCUUUCUUUUACAUGUCACACUUUACAGUGAGAUAGAAUGUUAAUAUAUUAAUACAGACUCUAAAAUAAUUUAUAAGUAACAAAGUGCUAAAUAGUAGCACACUUUUUAUAUUAAAUACAAAUAUUUAUACAUUGAAAUUGA